AUGUACAACACCCAUCGCGGGAUGGUGCCUGCCCUCAACUCCCGCUUGACGGAGUUGGUGGAGCAGCUGCACCAGGAGUUAGACAGCCAGUCGCGGAGUGCCGGUGAGUUUGAGCAUCAUUUGACUGGACAGCUCCAGGAAAUGGAUAUGAUCCGCCAGAAGGUCUACCAGCUGGAGCAGGCGUAUAUCAAGAUGAAAGAGAAGUGA